AAUGUGCAAAAGUAGAUGUUAAUAGACCAACUUGAAUUGGGCGAAGUCUUUUGUUAAGUUUUGCCAAAAAGGAAAAACAGAAAAAUUUAGAAGCACCAAACUAAUAAAAACGCGAGUCGUUUGACCCGGUUCAAGCCAAAACGCUCGUCGUGUUCGUUUGUCUUCUUUUCUGUGCUAGCCAGUAGUGGACUGUGGACACACACUCUCUCUCCCCCUGCGACGGACUCAGAAAUUGAUAUCAGAAUCAGUUUCGAAAAUGCCUUCCCUUCAAACUGCACUUCCUCCUGAGCUCGCCAACAAUGCAAUUAGGCUUUACCGUGAAUGCCUACGAAGAGCAAAAUAUAUUGGUCAACAGCAACAUAAUACACCGCUUCUUGUUGAAAUGGUGAGACAACAGUUUAAGAAAAACAUGCAUGAGACAGAUCCCGAAAAGAUUCAAAAGUUAAAGGAUGAUGCUGCAAGGGGACUUAUAAAUCACAUACUGUACGAGACAGAGAAAAUUUCUGGUCGUAAAUUUAACAAGAGUCCUACUAAAGAAGCUUAGUUUUUUAAUCUCAAAUGAGAUUCAGUUUGUUCAUCAGUGCUGGGUUUGGCAGAUCAAGCAUAUAGAAACGACCUUCCAAUGUUUUUAUGACAGUUUUGUUAGACUAUUAAAAUAAGAUAGUUGUGGAAAAUUGCUCGAUUUCUUUCUGUAUCUGCUACUCUUUUUCAUAUCAAGAGUGCUCAAUUUUCCUUAACUGUUUUAUAGUUUCUGCCAAAGGAUUCGGUGUCUCAUAACUCAACGUUUGGCAGAUAAUGAUUCCUAAGCUAUGCAUUCUUGUGGGUGAUUCUAUUGACGUUUGUAUCAGUGUAGAACUAAUAAACCUGUUAAGGAAAUAGCAGUGAUCAGUCAAUUUAUUGUUUUGAAUUGUA